AACAGGUGUAAAUACUUCGUUGGUGCAGCAUCGCUUUGCACAGUAGCCGUCGUCUUGCUUACUUCUCCUUUUCCUACCACCACAUCUUCUUCAUUUCAAGUCGUUCGUGGUUGGCUUGUCCUUCUCUUGACGAGUAAGGAGUCAUCCACUAUCACUAUGAAGCCAAGAGAAUACUGUUGUUGCGCCCUUCCUCUCAUCAAUGCCGGAAUGUACGCUGCGUUGACGGAGCAAUUCGUCGCCGCUUUUGUCGUAGGCAUCCUUUCAAUGGUGACGCCGUCUAUUGUCGGCGCCGCCACUCCCUCAUUUGCAUCGUGGCUAUUCGGAAUCGUUUGCCUCGUCACGGCGGCUGUGCAAGUUUUGGGUUUCAUCGCAGUCGCGAAAGAAAAAUCUGUUUUAUUUCGUCGAUACCUGAGCCUCCAUACCAUUAUGACCCUCGCGGUUUUCUCGCUGGCAGCGGCUUGGACAAUUAUUUCUGCAACUCGUCAUUCUACCGCCAAGUCAAAUUGCACCAACGAGUUCUAUGAUACUUCCGAUAGUGCCCAAGCAUCAGAAGCCGAUACCCUCUGCCAGAUUUUCCCGUGGGUUGAUGUAGGUAUCAUGGGCGGGUUGUGGGUUUUAUUCGCCAUUGUGCAUGUUUAUUUAUAUGUGGUCUUGUGCUCGUAUAGCUCCAUGCAACAGAAAGAUCAUGCCAAGUACAACGCCCUCAACGACUCUGCAAACGCAUUCAAUGAUAGUAUUCCUAUGAAUACCCGCGGUGACCCUUGGGACACUAGACCUUCCACUGACGCACCAUAUGGACAUGGCCAUACUCGACAAGCUAGUGAUAUGAGCAUGUCUGAUGUCAUGGCGCAGCCCGUGCGAAGACCAACGGAUGAAAUUUCUGAAUACAACUAUUCACAGUAUCCACCACAGCCUGCAAAUGCCCACAUGACAGACGAAACUCCAACGCCCAAGUAUAGCGAUUCGUUCUAUGGGGGACCAUCACCUCAUGGUGAAAAGCCUGCUCCUACACAGGCUCAUCCGGGUCAGUCAUGAUUCGCUCUAGCGAUGGUUCUAGCUGGGCAGCAUUUGUGGCGGUCAAGCUGUUGUGCAGCCGAGGGCUCAUUUCGGAGGAAGACUCCUCGUUU